AUCAACAUCAUCAACUACCCCACUCUGGCACACUCUCUCUCUCGCGUCCGAUACGCGUUUCGAGUCCAAUCCGCCACAGCAUCUUCGAAACGUUUCGUCCUUCCAUUCUCGCUGAUCUAAAAAUCCCCACUGCUCACACACUGUUCAAACCUCCAAUCCCAUCAAAUAUUCCGAACAAUUCGUAUUUCGGUUCAUCAAGGCGAUUCGAUUUCGUUGUCUCUCUCUCUCUCUCUCUCUCGUCGUCGAGUUUAAUUGGUUUUCACUAAUUUUUUUUUUAAUCCCAAUUUUCUUGAUUAUUCUAACUGUUUUUGAAAGUCUAAUGGAUCAGAAUUUUCUGCUUCGCAAUUCACAGUCCGUUCUUGAUUAACCAACUACCUCAAUACAAUCACCAUUUUCAAGAACGUGAAAUUCUUUUUUUUCUUUUUUUGGGUUUUUAAGAUCCAAUUAGCUUUUAAAGAAGUUGGACUUCAAUCCAAAAAGCUUUUUCAAGGAUUCAAAUAGCUUUCAUAGAAGCUACAAGAAUUCAAUUAGUUUCCAGAGAAGCUGGAAUUCAAAUAGCUCUGUAAACAGAGAGAGAAACAGAGGAAUUUCAAAUUUUGGAAUUUGGAAUUGAAAAUUGGAUUUUGAACUGACCCAAUGCGUCGGCCUAGCAGUAGGAUUGGAGACAGAGAAGAAACCGUAGAGAAGCAUACGGGUCUGUCAAAAAUGGUCCAAAUCCUCUCAUUUCUAUUGGUUUUCGUCGCCGGCGUCGUGAUCGGCCUCGCCACCACGUCGCGCAUCGACCGCCACUACUUCGUCUCGCACGCCGAGCUCUACUCCAAUUGCGCCGCCGCCACCACAGUGGUGAAGGCGUGCGAGAAGCCCGUGGACUGUAUGAGCAUGGAGGCGUUUCUCAAGCCGAGCAAUGUGACUCAUGGAAUGUCCGAUGACGAGCUCUUGUGGAGGGCGUCGAUGGUGUUCAGGAAAAAGGAGUAUCCCUACAAGACGAGAGUGCCGAAGGUGGCGUUCAUGUUCUUGACGAGAGGCCCUCUGCCGAUGUUGCCUUUGUGGGAGAGAUUCUUCACAGGAGGGCGUGGUGGAGAGUUGUUCUCUAUCUAUGUUCACGCCCCUCCGGGAUACGUGCUCAAUGUGUCGAGAGACUCACCCUUUUACGGGCGUCAAAUCCCGAGUCAGAAUGUUAGAUGGGGAACAGCAACACUAUCUGAUGCUGAGAGACGCCUUCUAGCCAAUGCCCUGCUUGACUUUUCAAAUGAGCGAUUUGUUCUUCUUUCUGAGAGCUGCAUCCCGGUCUAUAACUUCCCAACUGUCUACAAAUAUCUUACUGGUUCUGUACACAGCUUUGUUGAGUCAUAUGAUGACCCUUCCCGAUAUGGACGUGGUCGCUACAGUCGCCACAUGCUUCCCUAUAUAAAGCUCCGUCACUGGCGGAAAGGGUCUCAAUGGUUUGAACUUCACCGCACACUGGCUGUUAAUAUAGUUGCGGACACCAUGUACUACACCAUCUUCAGGAAACACUGUCUACCUGCUUGCUACCCAGAUGAACAUUAUAUUCCAACUUACCUGAACAUGUUCCAUGGUUCGCAGAAUUCAAAUCGGACUACGACUUGGGUCGAUUGGUCAAAGGGGGGUCCUCACCCGGCAACGUAUGAAAAGGCAAAUAUUACAAAAGAUUUGAUACAAACCAUAAGGAAUAACGGCACACUUUGUCGAUAUAAUUCUGAGAUGACAUCUGUUUGUUAUCUCUUUGCUCGGAAGUUUGCUCCAAGUGCACUGGAACCUUUGCUCAACCUGACCUCAACAAUAAUGGAAUUUUGAAAAUUCUGAUUCUGCAGAGAUGAGAUUCUUUUAGAAAAAUUUUCUGAGUUUCUCGAUUUUGUUAGGGAAUUAUUUGUGGUUUGCCAACUAUAGUAUUGUUGGCUCAUUUAUUUUUGUUUUGGUAUAAAUGUACAGGUAGUGACCAUUGAGAUAAAAUCUCAUUGUUGCACAAAUUUUGAGAAAAGAAAUUAUCAGCCCUCCAGAGGAAAAAAGCAUCAAUAUAGAUAUAAAUGUUACCCUUUAAUCCUGAAUAAACUUUG